AAAGAAGAAGAGAAAUCUUCAAUUAUCAAUCAAAUAUCUCUUUUGCGUGGCUGAGUUGCGCGCUGCACAGCGUUCUUUUCUUUCAAAUCAGUACAACAUUCGACUGUAGAUAUAUAUAUAUAUAUCUGCUUGCAUGCUCGCAUUGAAUAUACACACAGUUCUUGUAAAUUACUCAUCUUUUUUUCCCUCUUCUAUCUCUUCUCCAAACUUGUGGAAACCGUUCAGAGUUCGAAAUCCCUUUGCUGCGCUCUUUCAAUUAUCACAAAAUGAAGUGGCUCAAGUAAAGCGACUCAGGCUGUACAGAAUUUGGCUAUAAACUCCAUUCUUCAGCAAUGUCAGACAGCUCAGGUUCGAACCCCAGCAACGACAUCGACUCCUCAGCGCUCUUCGUUAAUUCCUACAAAAACUUCAUUCAAUCCACAUCAACCAUCGCAGGUUCGAAUUCUCUCCCGCAGCAGCCACCGCCAGAAUCAUACAAAAUCCUCUCCCGACAAUCCCCGCUGCCAUGUUUUCCAUCAAAUUUUCCGCCAUCAAAGCUCAUCCCCAACACGCGCUUUAUUGUCGAUGGUUUCCGCUCUGCCGGGCCAUUUUCUGUCACAUACUUUUUAAGCCAUUUUCACUCAGACCAUUACGCGGGGCUAAACCCGCACUGGAGUAGGGGGCUCAUUUUCUGCUCCCAUGUGACCGCUCACCUGCUCGUCACUUGCCUCAAAAUUCCUGAUGCCUUCGUCGUCCCUCUGCAAAUUGGGGAGCCGCUGUUGAUUGACGGCUGCGAGGUCACGUUAAUUGAUGCCAAUCACUGCCCUGGCGCUGUUCAGAUACUCGUUAGGGUUUAUGCGAGUGGUGGGGAUAUACGGAAGUAUGUUCAUACGGGCGACAUGAGGUACGAUUCUCAGAUGAAGCUUGAGCCCGCCCUUUUUGAUUUCAUUGGUGCGGACACCUUAUUUCUCGACACAACGUAUUGCAACCCCAAAUUUGUAUUUCCUUCGCAGACGGAAUCCGUAGAAUAUGUGGCCAAUACGGUGCGUAGGAUUAUGACGGAACAACAGGGAGUGGAUAAAUCUUCUGUGUUGUUCCUUAUUGCGGCGUAUGUUGUGGGAAAGGAGAAGAUCUUGACGGCCGUGGCAAGGCAUUGCAAUUGCCGUGUGUUUGUAGAGGACAGAAAGAUGUCGAUAUUAAGUUGUUUGGAUUUGGAUGAGUAUUCUAUUUUUACUGUGGAUGGCUCGGCUACUAAUGUUCAUGUUGUGGGGUGGAAUGUUUUGGGGGAAACAUGGCCUUAUUUUAGGCCGAAUUGGGUAAAUAUGGAGAAAAUUAUGAAGGAAAGAGGGUAUAGUAGGGUUGUGGGCUUUGUGCCCACGGGCUGGAUGUAUGAAGUGAAGAGGUAUAGUUUUCCUGUUAGAGUGAAGGGAUGCUUUGAGGUUCAUCUUGUGCCCUAUAGCGAGCACUCGAAUUAUGAUGAACUUAGGGAGUAUGUGAGGUUUUUGAGGCCCAAGGAGAUUGUGCCCACUGUAGGGCUUGAAGGUUUGGGGCUGGAUAGCAAGCAAGCUGCUACAAUGAUGAAGUGCUUUGUGAAUUUGGUUGAUGAGACGGCACAGAAGCGGAGGUUUUUGAAAGGUUUUAGGCGCACGGAUGUUGUUGUGGGGGCGACCAAGGAUCAAGGCUCAGAUGAGUUCAGUGAAGAUGAGGGUGCUCAAGGAGAGGCAGGUAAUGCUGAGGAAAACACCAUGGAGAUGGAAACUUUGUGUUCGGGUGAAGGGGUUACUGCUGGAAAGCAACGAAUGGUAGAAGCUAGGAAAUUGAAUUUGACGCCAAAGUUAGUUUUGCCUAAUGUAAAGAAUGAGGACAUUUUACAGACAAAGUCUUACUUACAACACGAAUCGGCAACAGUUGGUGGCACUGAAGGAGGUACAAUUGAGCCAGCUCCUCGGGUUUUUUUUGGCAAGAAAGCCAGGAAGCGGGGUGAUAGUGGACCUGUUUUGUCGACAAUGGAUGUUGGCAAUGCUUUAGAUACCAUUUGCAAUCCAGGCAGUGCUUUAGGUGAGCUCCAGGGCCAGAUGAAUAAUGCAGGCGAUUCUUCUCAGAGUGCUGUGAAUGGAAUUGGUGGCAUGGAAGAUGAUCCAGAUUUUAUCGGCUGUAAUCCACUGCAGUCUAUUGGCAGGAUGGAUGAAGCGAUGGAAGAGAUGAGGUUAUGCCUACCAGACUGGGUUGUCAAAGAUCAGAUGUACAGCUUACUUGAAAAAACAGGUGGUGACAUAACUGAAGCAGUUUCUGAAUUCUAUGAGCACGAAACUGAAUUUUGGGAGCAAAUUGUGGCUGUUACCAAAGCGAAUCCUGGGGGCAUUAAUGAUCCAAUGAGUGAGAAGUGUGCAGGCGAUAAAUUUUCUGAGCAAUCAAAUUUAGUCUCUAGUGCUGCCAUGGCCAGUAAACAAGGAUCUUAUUCACAUGCAGCACCUGACAGUAAAGAAUUUAAAAUACCAGAUAUACAUCCUUCAACUGUUAAUCAGCAUAACAAGAGCACUGGAAAAACUAGCUCAAAGAGGAAUACUGCUUCCAAAGGUAUUGACUGGAGUAUUAGUAGUAAGCCCAAAAAGAAAUCCAGGUUCUCUGUUAAGUCUGUUCCCAAUAAAGGUAAACAAUCAGCUAUUACUAACUUCUUUAAGAAGGAAGUUGUGGAUGGGAGUGUACCAGGCAUUAAUUCUGGUAUUAAACAAUCUUCUAUUGCUAACUUCUUCAAGAAAUCAGUAAUGGAUGGGGGUGUGUUAAAUGUUGAUUUCAAUGUUACUGGUCCCGAAUGUGCAGUUAAUAUUUCUAGCAGAUCCCAAUCAGUUGGUUUGGAAAGUAUGCGCAGAUCUAAAGAUUCUAAACAGCCAUAUGGUGAAGGAUUAACUCAGCUUCUUCAGAUAUUAGAUGGCAAUAUGUCAAAUGAAGAUGCUUUGAUCCUGUUGGAUAAGGCAAAAGGAGAUGUUAAUACAGCAUUGAAUUUGUAUUACACUGCGUGUUGUGAACCAUCCAUUAAGGAGACUACAAGGAAUGAACUGAAGUUGGACAAAUGUAUUUCUCCUCUUGAAAUGGGCAGUAACCUGCUUAACUGUAUUAUCAAGGAAAAUUCAAGCUGCAAUUCUGCUGAACCAACAGCACUGUCCAUUCAAAAGCACUCAGAGAUUUCUGCAGUGAAUGUGAAGGAACGUUCUGUUGCACUUCCCCUUGAAAAGUACAAUCCCAUUGAGAAUGCAUGUUGGCGUGCAGGAGAAUUAGCUCCUUACUUGCACUUAGCACGAACAUUUGAUUUGGUUGAACAGGAGAGCGGUAAACUGAAGACCACUAUAAUGCUAUGUAACAUGUUUCGAAGUUUGCUUGCUUUAUCGCCAGAGGAUGUACUGUCUUCCGUAUACCUCUGUACUAAUAAGAUUGCUCCUGACUAUGAGAAUGUGGAUUUAAAUAUUGGUGGCAGUACAGUUAUAGCGGCAAUUGAAGAUGCUUUUGGUACACCAAAAUCUAGACUGAAGGAAAUGUACAAUAACAUGGGUGACCUUGGUGACGUGGCUCAAGCAUGUAGACAAACACAAUCCAUGCUUUCUGUUCCACGGCCUCUUUCAAUCCAUCAUGUCUUCAUGGCACUGCUGCAAAUAAGCAAAGAAGGAGGAAGUGGAAGCAAUGCUCGGAAGAAGGGUGUUAUUUUGAGCUUGCUACGCUCUUGUAGAGAGAAAGAGACAAAAUUUGUUGUUCGAACUUUGGUGAGGAAUAUGCGGAUUGGAGCCAUGAUGAGAACUGUUUUGCCAGCACUAGCACAGGCUAUAAUUUUGAACUCCCUGUCGAUUUGCUCACUGGAAGGAUUCUCUGAGAACCUGAAAGCACAGCUUCAACAAGCAUCUGUGUUGGCUAUGGAGGCGUAUAAUAUUCUGCCAAAUUUGAAUAUGUUGAUUCCAACCAUGAUAAGUAAAGGAAUAGACUUUUUGUCAGCAACUCUAUCCAUAUCACCUGGUGUUCCCAUUAAGCCAAUGCUAGCAAAAAUAACAAAUGGUGUGUCAGAGGUAUUGAAGCGUUUCCAAGGGAAGGCUUUCACAUGUGAAUACAAAUAUGAUGGGCAACGGGCUCAAAUUCACAUGUUAAUGGAUGGUUCAGUACGAAUAUUCUCUCGUAAUUGUGAAGAUUCCACCUCAAGAUUUCCAGAUGUGGUUGAGAUUGUGCUUUCGUCGGUUACGUCAACUACAAAGAAUUUUGUCUUGGAUGCAGAGGUGGUGGCUGUUGACAGAAAUAAUGGGAAUAAAAUAAUGGCUUUUCAAUAUUUAUCGUCACGUGAAAGAGGCCGAAAUGGAUCUUCUGUUCAGUCUCAAAAUAUCAAGGUUGACGUUUGCAUUUUCAUCUUUGACGUCAUGUUUGCAAAUGGAGAACAAUUGCUGGCUCUUUCUCUCCGUGAAAGGCGAAACCGUAUAAAGGAUCUUUUUACUACUGAGAAACCAGGGCAUCUGAGAUAUGUAAAUGAGAUAACUGUCAAGGCUGAUGAAGCACAUCCCAGUUCUAUAUUGACAUUGAACAAGGUAGAUGCAUUUCUGGCAGAUGCUAUUUCAUCUUCCUGUGAAGGAAUUAUGGCCAAAGCUCUUGAUGACAAUUCUGAGUAUGCUCCAUCGAAGCGUUCUGAUUCAUGGCUAAAGGUUAAACGAGACUAUGUGGAAGGUUUACAUGAAACCCUUGAUUUGGUACCGAUUGGAGCAUGGCAUGGAAAUGGAAGGAAAGCUGGGUGGUUCAGUCCAUUUCUUCUUGCAUGCUACGAUCCUGAUUCUGAAGAAUAUCAGAGUGUUUGUCGAGUUAUGUCUGGAUUUUCAGAUGACUUUUAUAGGGAGGUUCAUCAGGAAAAGAUAAGAGCCAUUCUGGAUUGGCCACCGCCACAAAAUCUUAUAGAUUUACGAGGAUUCUUUGGAUUAUGUAGUUAUUACAAGAGAUUUGUCAAAGGCUUUUCACAACUUGGGGCACCAUUGACAGAUCGUACCAAAAAGGGGGCAUUCCGAUGGACUGAGGAAGCACAACAAGUUUUUGAGAAACUUAAAGAGAUGGAAGAGUUCUUUUCAGGAGAAAGAAUUUUGUCCAAGAAACCUGCUUACUACCAGACCCUUGAGGAGCCAGACCUUUGGUUUUGUCCAGAAUUGGUUUGGGAAAUCAGAGGUGCAGACCUGACAGUAUCUCCAGUUCAUCAAGCAGCUGUGGGUUUGGUUCAUCCCUCUCGUGGAAUAUCCAUGAGGUUUCCUAGAUUCAUUUGUCAGCGCACUGAUAAGAAGGCAGAAGAUGGAAGCACACCAUUAGAUAUAGUAGACUUAUUUCAUCGACAAACACGCAAGAUGGAUUUUUCCAUUGAUGAUCAGGAGUUAGAGCCAUAAAUGCAUUUUUCAUGGUUUACACAGGUCAAGGGUUCAGGUGCUAGUGGAAUUCUUUAAUUAUGGUCUGUUGUUAAAAGAGGAAAUGUGUUGAGCAAUCAAAAGCAGGUACAAGUUUAAGAGUUGAUUGCCUUCUGUGCGCUAUGUGGUAACCAAGCUGUGUUUGAUCAUGUAAUUGUUGGGCAUUAUUGUUGGGCAUUUGCAGGUCCGACACUCAUUUUGUAUCUAUGAAAUUCAAGCUAAAUUAAACAAAGCCCACAUGUAUAUAUUAUCAGAUGCUGGAGAAAUUGCAUAUAUAAUAUGUUAAUGUAUAGUUGAGUCCUAGAAAAUAUUUGUUUGCUGAGAAAACUACAGGUCUUUGCUGAAGGUUCUCAUGUCAACCAUUGUAUGACAAAGGGGGCAAAGUCUCUUAUUGUAUAUACUGGAGCAGGGCAGUUUGUUGAAAGUACCAAACCCUGCAUUUUUAAAGGAAAUUUACAUUUUUGUCACUCA